GGCGGGAGGGCGAGCGUUCGGCGGCGCGGCGGGCGCGGCGGCGCGGCACGCUAUUGGCUGUGUUUGGCAAGGGCCAGUAAGAGUUGAGCUGUUAGAUUCAAACUGAGCGGGCGCGGAAGCGGGCGGUUAGUCUGUGGGGUUAUUCCUGCGGAGAGCCUGUCUUUCCCUUACUGCUGCCUCUGCCGCCGCCGCCUUUCGCCAUGGCGCACAAGCAAAUCUACUAUUCUGACAAGUACUUUGACGAACAGUACGAGUACCGACAUGUGAUGCUGCCAAGAGAACUUUCAAAACAAGUGCCAAAAUCUCAUCUAAUGUCUGAAGAGGAGUGGAGACGACUUGGUGUUCAGCAGAGUCUUGGCUGGGUUCACUAUAUGAUCCAUGCACCAGAACCGCAUAUUCUUCUCUUCAGAAGACCUCUUCCAAAGGAUGAGCAGAAAUGAACCACUGUCUAUUAGUCAUCUUCUGGAACUAUGUAUAUGAGUGUAUAUAUGUUGGUAGUAUUCAGUGAAUACUUUAAGAUGUACAAAUCAUACUUCCAUACCUGUGCAUGAGCUGUAUUAUUUGCAGCAACAAAGCUCAGUCAAAUGGAAUUCCAAGUAGGCUGCUAUGGUGUUCAAAGAAUAAAGUUAUCUUCUUCACUGUUAACGUAAGUGCCUAUCUGACUUGUCAGUGAAUUUUGUUUUAUUAAAAUUUACAUAUUGCAUGUCCUGAGUAGAUGAUCACUUGUUACCUGUGUUUAAUAACUGUUGCACUCAGCUUUUCUGCUGAAGUGUAGCAUGUUCAAAUCCAGUGGCUCACCUGUUUAGUAGUAGGCAUAAAUAAAUAAACUCUAUUUUAAU